GUUCAGCAGGAAGCAGAGACAGGAACUGGCCUCCAUGCUCCCAACAGUGGCCUGCAUCCACAGAGGCUUGUUCCCUUCCUGUGCUGGACUCUCUGUGCGCAUGACCAGCAGGGGGAUAGGCCAAAAGGGCAUCCUGGCCAAUCGGGUGGCCGUGGUCACGGGGUCCACUGAUGGGAUCGGCUUUGCCAUUGCCAGGCGCCUGGCCCGGGACGGGGCCCACGUGGUGGUCAGCAGCCGGAAGCAGCAGAACGUAGACCGGGCAGUGGCGGCGCUGCAGGGGGAGGGGCUGAGCGUGGUGGGCACCGUGUGCCGCGUGGGGAAGGCCGAGGACCGGGAGCGACUGGUGGCCACGGUCGUGGAGCACUGUGGGGGUCUCGACUUCCUGGUGUGCAGUGCAGGUGUCAACCCGCUGGUGGGAAGCACCCUGGGGGCCAGUGAGCAGGUGUGGGACAAGAUCCUGGAAGUGAAUGUGAAGGCCCCGGCCCUGAUGCUGAGCCAGCUGCUGCCCCACAUGGAGAAGAGGGGUGGGGCGGUCAUCCUGGUCUCCUCCAUUUCAGCAUAUGUACCACAUGUGGAGCUGGGUCCCUACAACAUCAGUAAGACGGCCCUGCUGGGCCUCACCAGGACACUGUCAUUGGAGCUGGCCCCCAAGGGCAUCCGGGUGAACUGCCUGGUUCCAGGAGUAAUCAAGACUGACUUCAGCAAAGUGGUGAGGACUGGGGCAUGUCCUCCAUUUCUCAGCCUGGCUUGGUUUUCUGGAACAACUUCAAGGAAGAUCACAAAGUGCAGAGGAUUGGGCAGCCUGAGGACUGCGCAGGACUUGUGUCCUUCCUGUGCUCUCCAGACGCCAGCUACAUCACCGGCGAGAACAUCGCGGUGGCCGGCUUCUCCUCUCGUCUCUGAUGGAGCUAAGGGGGUCUGGGCCUAGGAGCCUGGGGCUCAUGAAGGUCUGAAGCUCUGCCAGACAAUAAAGCUGGGGGCUUGUUUGUGCCAGGCUCAAGGAAGGACCCCCAGUAUUCUCAUCUGCGUGACUAUUGUUGAUUUAGCUGCUGUGAUUCGACCAACAUGUGGGUUCUUGGUGUGGGGCUGUGGAGCUGACUGAGUUCAUGGGGCUGGCACUUCAGAGGAACCGUAAGGGAAAGGAACAGAGACUCCUCUGGCAGCAGGCCCCUGAUGUAUGCUGGCU